AUGGCCUCCGGCCUCGACGCAGAGUCAAACAGCUCUGGAGAUGCCUGCUUCGGCUCUGGCGAUGCCUGCUUCGGCUCCGGCGAUGUCUGCUUCGGCUCCGGCGAUGCCUGCUUCGGCUCCGGCGAUGCCUGCUUCGGCUCCGGAGAUGCCUGCUUCGGCUCCGGAGAUGCCUGCUUCGGCUCCGGAGAUGCCUGCUUCGGCUCCGGAGAUGCCUGCUUCGGCUCCGGAGAUGCCUGCUUCGGCUCCGGCGAUGCCUGCUUCGGCUCCGGCGAUGCCUGCUUCGGCUCCGGCGAUGCCUGCUUCGGCUCCGGCGAUGCCUGCUUCGGCUCCGGAGAUGCCUGCUUCGGCUCCGGCGAUGCCUGCUUCGGCUCCGGAGAUGCCUGCUUCGGCUCCGGAGAUGCCUGCUUCGAUGCCUGCUUCGGCUCCGGAGAUGCCUGCUUCUGCUCCGGAGAUGCCUGCUUCUGCUCCGGAGAUGCCUGCUUCGGCUCCGGAGAUGCCUGCUUCGGCUCCGGAGAUGCCUGCUUCGGCUCCGGAGAUGCCUGCUUCGGCUCCGGAGAUGCCUGCUUCGGCUCCGGAGAUGCCUGCUUCGGCUCCGGAGAUGCCUGCUUCGGCUCCGGAGAUGCCUGCUUCGGCUCCGGAGAUGCCUGCUUCGGCUCCGGAGAUGCCUGCUUCGGCUCCGGAGAUGCCUGCUUCGGCUCCGGAGAUGCCUGCUUCGGCUCCGGAGAUGCCUGCUUCGGCUCCGGAGAUGCCUGCUUCGGCUCCGGAGAUGCCUGCUUCGGCUCCGGAGAUGCCUGCUUCGGCUCCGGCGAUGCCUGCUUCGGCUCCGGCGAUGCCUGCUUCGGCUCCGGCGAUGCCUGCUUCGGCUCCGGAGAUGCCUGCUUCGGCUCCGGAGAUGCCUGCUUCGGCUCCGGAGAUGCCUGCUUCGGCUCCGGAGAUGCCUGCUUCGGCUCCGGAGAUGCCUGCUUCGGCUCCGGAGAUGCCUGCUUCGGCUCCGGAGAUGCCUGCUUCGGCUCCGGAGAUGCCUGCUUCGGCUCGGAGAUGCCUGCUUCUGCUCUGGAGCAGGAGAUGCUGGCUUAUUUGAAUCACGUUUGGUGUUGUGUGUGGAGAUAG